AAUACUUGAUAACGUCUUGCUUAAAAUAACACGUUUCCCAUUGGCGUAGUGAGUAAAUAGCUGGACACUUUUAACAAAGAAUGCUGUUGGUGUUUGGUAUAAUAUUUACAUUUAUUUUGUUCUUGAUUCUGUUAAAAACGUCAGAAAGGUGCAGUAAAAUAUGGUUUGCAAAUUUAUACGAAAUCGUUCUGUAUUAUAUUGCGGAGUUUUUUGUCGGAAAUCUAAGAAAACGUUGCUUACGAAAUAUAAAAUUAGAAAUUUCUACCGACCCAAUACGUUCUCGUGAAGGUCGACUAAGAAUUUUAGAAAUAGGACCGGCAGGUGGAAGAAACUUUGCAUUUUAUCCCGAGAAGAGUUUGUUAAUUUGUGUGGAACCAAAUGAAUAUUUUCGGUCGUUUUUCAAUCGAAAGAAAGGUCAAUUCGAAAGUCUUCAUUUGGAGAAUUUCUACUGUACUGGAGCAGAAGAUAUGAAUGAAAUAAAAGACGAAAGCGUGGAUAUUGUAGUAAGUACAUUUGUACUUUGCUCGGUGCAAGACAUGGAAAAGUCCUUGAAAGAGAUUAAAAGAGUUUUGGUGAAAAGAGGGAAAUACUAUUAUUUAGAACACGAUAGAGACCCCAAUCAUUUGAUUCGGUUCUUUCAAAAAUUGAUCGAACCUUGCUGGAGUCUUCUAACUCACAAAUGUCAUCUUACUCGACAUAUCGGAAAUUCCAUCAAAAAAGCAGGUUUCAGUCAAGUGGUACAAAACAAUUCUAGACCGUAUUUCUUUAUGUUUGUACCUCAGUAUUUUAUAUACGGUAUUGCUGUCAAAUAACACAACUAAUGCAUCACAUUUUUCGAUUAUUCCUUACUAAGAAAAAAUUCUCACGUAUUAAUAAUAUAUGCUGAUACAAUAAUUAAGAUUUAAAAAAUGUUCUAAUUUCUGUAAUUAUAGUUUCGUUUUCGUUUGUGUUUUACAACUCAAUAGACUAAAGCCCGGUGCCGCGCAGUGAGUAAUAGUAACAUCGGAAAAAAUAUGCAUUGCGAAAUUGAGUUACAGUGUUAUAUAAAGUAAAAAAAACGAAAAAAUGUUUUAUAAUGUCCAAGGGCAAUUUGCUCCUUUCUAUCUCAGCAUGCCAAUGACUUAGAGUCUAAAACCACAGAACGUUCCUAAAAGUUUAACUGUUCUGACGAUAGUUUUUCUUCCUGCGAUGCUGGCGUGAAGACGUCCACUCCGGGUUGCACAACACUAUUUGGACCGAGGUCUUCUAUCUACCAGGUGGACUUUAGCGAUCUUGAUGGCACGGGAGGGUGAAGACAAGUCCUCCGAAUAUCUGACAAGUUUUCGUGUGAGAAUGUCCAAAUGACAAGAAUCCUGGAGAGGAGCACUGCGAACCAAAAGCCAAGAACUACAAACCAAGAACGUCACAUCCUUUUUUGCUCGGUUUUUAUAAGUUUUUUCUGGGUCCCAGAUCGAACAUUCCGAUAGGUCGAUGUCGAUCUGCCCCCGUUCUCUAAUUGGUCUCCCUCCUCGUUACGAAUUGUAACGGGAUCGGAGCCCAGAUCGCGGGGUGAGUCAAUUUGAUUCUUUUCGAAGAUAUUCGAUCUAAGUACUCAAAUUCAUCCAUUGUUUCUUUCUGAGAAAUUCGUUUUUUCUCAGAAAUUUCUAUAGAUAUGACUUUCUAUGGACAUUAAAUAUUCAUUUUGCGUUUGAUGGUUUCUUUUUACAAUAUAUAAUAAUAAUUAUAAAUUUUUUUCAUACGAAAUUAAAACAUUUCUGUGCACGAAUUUCGACCUACUUCCGGAGCUUCACACUUUCAAUUCAAUCAAACUGAAAUAAACAUUGAAAGCUCAAUUAUACUGUCAGAUUAUGCUAAAUUUCAAUAGUGGUAAAGAUACAACUUCAUGUUAUAGUUAUCUCAGAAAUUUUGUUUGUAGCUUACUCUAUUAUAUGCUACAUCCCUCAAAAUGCAAUCGCAUUGUCACGGAUGCAGUAUAUAUAUCCCGUUCCAGUAAUCGAGAUACUCUAUAUGUCCUGUAUCCAUAGUAAA